CAACUUGUCUCACCAAAAUAUGUACUUCCGCAUUUGGUGUAUUGCCAAUUGGAUCGUAUCACGUGACACAAACCUAUCAGCCCGAAACGGGAAGUUUAAAACGCUGUUUAGCGAAAUGUCGAUAUAAGAGGAAACGUAACAGAAGAAAAAUUUAGUCAAAAUGUCUUCUCCGGGCCUGUUUGACGCCCUUCGAUCCAAUGGCGCCCCGACCUAUUACGACUCCGACAAGACGCCUUUUAUGGCGGAUAUUCUGGAGUCUGGACUUAUUUACGCCUUUGUGAUAUUAGCUUUUUCAUUCUUCAUCAUCCUACCUGGAAUUCGAGGCAAAGAGAGAAUUUUUGUGUUCAUACGUGUAACAGUGACAUUAUUUAUUGGAGGAGUUAUUAUGUUGACUAACUUUGGAUAUGAAUGGGAAGUCGCCGAGGCCAAAAACGUAAGGACCAAGUAUAAAGCGGGAUCAGCAGGGGAGAUUACCGCAGAUAUCGCCGUAUACAUGGGCCUCCGAGGGAUCAAUGUAACACUGAAAGCUGAGGGCGAAAACCGCGGUCCUUUUAAUGAGACCAUAAACUACAACGAACACUUCGACUGGAGAUGGGAGCAGGGCAGAAUAGGAUUCGGUAUAUUUUCUGGUCGUUUUCAACAAGAGUUUCGCUCUGCUCAGUUUAGAGGAACCCCCCUUCCCAUUAUCUGGAUUGCUGAGUACUUUAUAUUUGACGGGGAGGGGAUCAGAUGGGGGCGACAUUACAGACAGGCAGGGUGGUACGCCCAUAUCAUGAUGUGGUUGGCCCUUCCUCUCUGGGUUCUGACAAUAAUCCUUUUCUUCAUUCUUUUAAAAUAUGGCGCGUAUUUCCUCAUGUUGACCGGCGGUGUCAUGGUGAUUGCCAAUAUUCUCUGGGCCACCAUAAGAAAUGUUAACGAACUUUUAAUUCCGUUUAGUGCCGAACACAAGCUCGAAUUUCAUUUCGGACCGUCUUUUUAUUUAAAUUUGAUCACAGGUUUAUUAUGCAUUGUAUUGGGUGUUAUUAUCUGGAUCCUCGAUCUCCGAUUCCCGGAACUAGUCACCAAUUUCUUUGGUGUCGACCCUCUGCAGGAUGACAAUUUUAUACAAGGAGAUAAUUUUGAUACUAUCGAGAAAAAGAACGGCAUGGAAAUGUCCCCUGUGGACGGAAAACCGAAUGGCAGUCACAGCGUCACCCGCCCGCCACGAACCUCUGAAGCAGCGGCGGCAGAAGAUGAUGACGACGACGAUGACGAAAUAUAUGAACCUCCAGUAUUCGAGCCUCCUUCUGCACCAAAAGCAGCCAAGUUUGAGAAGCGUAGAUCACGUGGUUUGACGCAACGUCUGCAGAGACCACGACGUCGCGCGCCACCUCCCGUCCCAGACGACAAUGACCAAGAGGACCUUUACAGCAAUACAAGAAAUCCAGAUCAAGUCCAUAUCAACAUGGGAUACCGCCAUUAAAAAUUUUAAGCUCCAUGAAAAUUUACAGAAUGUCUUCCUGUGUAAGGAACUGGUUUCACUUGACACAUGUUAAUGAUAAAGUAUAUAUAAUGUUUUACAUGUAACUGCAUUUAUGUAUAUUUUCAUUCAUUUUGAUCGUUUAUGAUAGUCCGUAUUUCACGUUUUGAUAUACUUUUCUAUUUGUUUGUAUAUUUUGUUUUAGAAAUUAAAAAUGUAAAAAUCACGAUCUACAAGAUGUCGUCUUAAAUACACACAAGAUUUUGUUGAAAUUCAUGGAAAUUCAUGGAAAUUUUUUUUCGACUCUGUAUUCAUCUUAAAGUAUUAAUUUCGUUCUUAUAUUGUCCAAAAAUUAAAAAGAUAUGAAUUAUUCAAAACGCAUGAAGAGUAUUCACUUUAUUUUAUUUUACUUAAUGUAUAUCAACUGUAAAAAUGUUUUAUAUACUUUGUAUUGUAUAAGUUUUUCUUGCCGUUUUCUUUAUAAAAUAAACCUUACUUUUAUAAAUUUUGUUGAUAUAUCAUCUUUCAAAUGUAAAGGGGGUGCAGGUCAUUACCUCAUUUUUGCAAAUAUCAAAAUGACACGUGAGAAAAUUCGAUAAAUCAUGUGUUCAAAUAUAAAAAUACAUAAAACAUUUAGUUCAUUUCGUUGCAAGGAACGAAUCCAAAACAAUACAUAGCAGAAAUAACGGCAUUUCCUUUAUGAUUUCUCCUACAACGUAUCACUGCCCUUCACUCCGUUGAUACCCCUUCUUUGAUAUUUUUUAGAUAAUGAAAUAAAUGACCCCUUAGACUUCUAAUCAUGGUUUUAAUGAUAACAGAACAGGGCGACAUUCGUUACAAAAGCUCAACUCUUGUGUGGAUCUAAUAUAUACAUGUAUUAAUGUA